GGUUCUGCAACGUCAGGGAUAAGCAUAACCAGCAUCAGCCACCAAAGUUAAAGGAAGCUGGUUACCAGUAAACACCAAAACAACUCAGUUCAUUAAACCGGACAGUAAUGAGAAACGAACGUGAGCAAAAAAACAACAACAAAAAACCCCCAAACUAAAUAACCAAUCGAAUGUAGUGCUUUAAAAUUUGGGGUAUUUUAUGAAGCUGCUGAGGGCGACAGAGCGUGUGAAUGUUGAUCAUGUCGGACGCAGCUAUUGAGGAAGUUUCAGUUUUAUCGUCCAUUUACUGCAGAGACGGAGAGUUUCAAAUUGUUCAACAGUCUGCACAGGAUGGGCUGGUGGUCCAGCUCAACUGCACUGGUGGGAGAGGCGGGAAGCUGAAUGUGAGCGCAGUGUUCCAUCUAGACCCCAGCUAUCCUUCCUGUCCUCCUCAUAUUUCGAUCUCCACCACCAGCCUGUCUAAGAUUCAGUGUCACAACAUCAGGCAGAAGCUGAUGACUCGAGCUGCAGAACUUCCCCCAGAACCAAUGCUGCUCCAGCUGGUGGAAUACUUGCAGGAAUGUGUGGAACAGACAGAGGACCAGACAGGAGAACAGGACGGAACAGAGGAAGAGAAAGUCAACCAGCAGGAAUGGACAACGGUUCUGCUGCUUGACCACAUCAGAUCUCAAAACCGAUAUAUCAAACUCCUGGAGCGCUGGAGCCAGCAGCUGCAUCUCACCUGUAGACUUUUACUAGGACGCAAUCCAUUGAUUAUUCUGCUGGGGGAAAGACUCAAGAUCAAGGAGUUUUGUCACCGUUUAAAGACUGUUAAGGUAGAUGUGGACUCUUCAGGGAAGAAAUGCAAAGAGAGGAUGAUGAAGGUUCUUGCUGAGACCCCAUAUUCCUCCCUCUGUCAACAUAGUUUCCAGAGAUUUGUAGUGAAGGACUACAAGUCAUUAUCAGAGCUGACUGCUGUCUUUGAGGAGCUGAACCUGGCUGAGCUUUACCAACAGAUGCUGCCUACGUUAAGCGGCUAGGAAAAGAACUGUUAUAUCUGCUCCUUAUGUCCAUUUAUAUUGGAUUCAUAGACCUACAUCUAAUAUUUGCUUUUUAUUUGAGCUGUUCCUUUUAUAUCAAUAAGUUUGUAUUGCUUUAAACUUUUGUCCUGCUAAUCUAGUCUCUGUUACAUUCAAAGACAUUAUCAUUAAACGGGAAUUAGAACAUCACUACUCUUCAAACCUCUAUCAUUUUGAAUGUGUCCUGUCUGAUACUGUAGAAGUCAGAAUUGGUGUCUGAGUGUUACUGAGAGGCCCAAUAGAUUUACCUUAACAAGUGGAGUUUUAUAUAAUUAUAAAAAAGUUCAUUAGAAAUAGCUUUGAGCUCAUUUCAAAUGCAAAUGGACAUGAAAAGAAAGAACUGGUCCUUGGUGGCAGCGACGUUCCCAUCUGGUUCUAAGUGUGGUUCCCUUUAAACCUCCAGGCCUGGUCCUUUGCUGGGGUUAAAGUCUGGGGCCAGAGCCUGCUUCCAGGCCUCAUUUCCAGGCUUUUUAUUAAGUGUGGCUCUCUUUAAACCUUCCAGCCUUAAUUUCUACUAAAUCUGAGAACCAGAGAAUCAAACCCCAAAUAUUAGAAUAUUACACUAAAACAAUAAAAAAGGAGCUCUUAAAUAGAAAUGUCAGGUCACUGAGACAUCGGUUGGGGCUCCUUUUGCAUUCUUUCUGCAUUAAUGCAGUGUGACACGGGCAGCAGCCUGGGGUUCUGGUCGGGCAGGUUGCUUUCCCAGCAGCCUUCAGGUCGUCUGGAUCGGCGGUUCUGGUGUUUCUCAUCUUCCUCUUAUUUUUUUCCCUCAUGGAUCAAUCCAUGAGGGAAAAAAAUCUGGAUUCUGUUAGGAAGUCCAGCCACCUGCAGUUGGACUUCCUAACAAGUCACUCCCAGAGGGUCAGACUGGGCCCCCACACCUCCACUGCUCUGAGCCUGAACACCAGAUCGCCACAGGGUUGCAUGCUCAGCCCACUUCUCUACACCCUCUACACUCAUGACUGUGUCUCCAAUCACCUCAGCAACAAGAUCAUAAAGUUUGCAGAUGACAUGACUGUUGGUCUCAUCUCAGACGGGAAGGGGGAGCUGGAGUACAGGGAUGAAGCGGCUGUCAGAGUGGUGCAAAGUCAAUAACCUGCUCCUCUACAUCUCCAAAACAAAGGAGCUGGUGAUCGACUUCAGGAAGAACAAAACGGACAUCCAGCCUCUCACCAUCAGUGGGACCUGUGUGGAGAGGGUCCCAGUGUUCAGGUUUCUGGACAUGGAGUUGGAGGACAAGCUAACCUGGAGCACCAACACCAAGGAGCUGCUGAAGAAGGCACAGCAGAGACUGUACUUUCUGAGAGCAAAAUAUGUCAACGUCUGUGGUCUCCUUCACUCUCUCUUUGGGCGCGGACUUGGCUGUCUUGCCUCUUCAAUGUUAGACCCACUUUCCACAGCCCCUGAGACUAUGAUGUCCACAACCUCUAGGUCGGCAAUGCCGGAACCCUCCUCAGGAGUCUCUGCACAAUCACCCUGACCAUCCACUGCUCUGUGCAGGGGUUUGUUGGCACAACUGUCCAUUUGUGGCACAAAUUCUGCAGCCAUGGGGUCCAGUAUAGGUGAACUGCUAGGCUCUGGAAGAGGCUAUCUGAAAACCACAUCAGAGCCUCCUCCUCACUUCCCGUUUGUUGUGUCUGUUCCACAUGUGUUCACCUCUGUUUGUUGUCAUAUCUCUUCUUUGUUUUUGUACGGGUUACAGUCAUGUUCUCAUCUGAACACAGAGGGAGGAAAUCAUAGGGCAACAACAUAUUUCUGUGCAAAACUCUUGUUCUGCCUUUCCCAUUUUCUGCCUUCAGUUCGAAUACAGGACUUUCCUCCCCCCGGGGGAGGAAUACAGGAGGAAAGUCCUGUAUUCCCCUUAGUUCCAACCCAAGUUGGCCCCUUAGUUCCAGUGACAGGAACUCUGAAUGCCUCAGCAAUACAUUUUGGACAAUUCCAUGCUCCAACAUGACUGUGCACCACAGCACAAAGCAAGAUCCAUAAAGACAUGGAUGGAGAGUCUGGUGUGGAUGAACUUGAUUGGCCUGCACAGAGUCCUGACCUCAUCCCAAUAGAACACCUUUGGAAUGAAUUACAGUGGAGGCUAAGAGCCAGGCCUCCUCGUCCAACAUCAGUAUGUGACCUUACAAAUGCACUUCUGGAAGAAUGGUCAAAAAUCCCAAUAAACUCCUAAACCUUAUUCACAGCCUUCCCCGAAGAGUUGAAGCUGUUCUAGCUGGAAAGGGUGGACCAACGUCAUGUUGAACCAUAUGGAUUAGGAAUGGGAUGCGAGUCAAGGCAGGUGAGCGAAUACUUUUGGCAAUAUAUUGUAUCUGUCCCUAUCUGUCCCAUAUAGAUAUUAUAUCUUAAGGUAGCCAUAUUAUUAAGAUCUAAUGUGAAAACUGUUAUGUGGUGCAGGGUGGCUGUUGGUGAACCAUGUGCACUGUAUGAAAAGGCUAUACUCCUGAACUCAACUGUAUGUCUUAAGAAGAGUUCUGUCAUAUUUCAUAUAUUCCUUUUGUCUUUGUCUUUUUUUUUUGCUUGAAUUGUUUUCCUUUUAUUACUUUUUUUUUCAAAACUUUCUUGUUAAAGCUGCUUUUAUGUUGAUGCACUGCUGGUGGAAAUAUAAUUUUCCAGUUGAAACUUCCUUAGGGAUUAACUGAGUUCUAUCUAAUCUAAUCUAAAUUGUUCUGCCCAAGAUUGAUUAGGGAAAGUUGAGCCAGUGAUGGAGUCAUUUUAUGUGUCUGGUGUUAUUGCAAUAUGUCAGCAGCAGAGGGAGUAGUAAUACUAUUUGUCAUUGUCUCCAGAUUCACCUAAUCUUGGUUCAGUUCUGUGAAGGGGAAACAAAAAACAGUUUUUGAACUGUUUAUAUAUAUAUAUAUAUAUAUAUAUAUAUAUAUUCUCUUCUGACUGGAGUUGAAGAGAAGUGAGUGGAAAACCACAGAAGUGCAGAAAGCUAACAAGAUGGGAGCAGAAAAUCUGCAAGAAAAAAGACUAAAGGGCCUCUAAGUGGAUGCAGCAAGAUAUGCCAAAAUAGCCCAUAUGUUUGCCGCCAUAAGUCCUACUGCGACAUCUGGACUGUCUGGAGCUUAACCCACUCAAAUCUGGGGAGACAAUGAUGUGCUUCUGGAGAACAACCCCAGAGGAUAGUGAAGAAUGGUCCUUUACCAUCCUCAACAAUACUUUGAGGAUUCUUUACGGGUCCUUAGAACCUGCCACAGGAGCUGCUGCUCAUCUUCUGCACAGUCAUCAUUCAGUCGGUCCGGUGUUUGUCCAGAAGCUCACCAGGACUAAGCUUCCCUCCACCCAGGACUUGUUCAGGUCAAGGGUCAGGAAAUGUGCAGCUAUUAUCUUUGCAGACCCCACACAUCCUGGAUCCUAUAGGACAUGCCAGGCAGAACAGACCCAACAAAGCAGGCAGGACAGUAUUAAUAAAAAGAAAACUCCUAGUUUAAUCUGCCAGUGGAAUUUUGAAAUUAAUAACUGCAUUGCUGGUCUUUUUUGGGGGACUGUGUGUCACUGUAAGAAUAGAAAUAAAAACUAUUAUGCUAGUAUUGGGAAAGACCUGUAAAUAAAAUGAACAUUUCCAAUAUUUGAAAAACUAAUGGUUAAUGCAUCCAACAAAAAUAGUCUCACAUUUCAUCCUGUGAUUAGUAAGUUUAUUUCUGCAAUAUGUAAAAAGCUUUUCUCAGUUUCUACAAGUGAGUAAAGAGGUUCCUUUUAAUCCAGAUACAAAUGCAGCUGUGAGGAGGACGUGAGUGCUCCACCUUUAGAGAUCAUGUUGCUUCUCUGUUGAAUAAUGUCGCCUACAUACAGCGAACCAGAGGGACUGAAAUAAUACAUGGUGCUGUCUCUGAGUGGUACUAGAUUUCUGCCACUUGUCAGAACGGGGUUUUUUCUGUUCUAAAGUGAUAAAGAACAGCUUUGCGGUUAUACUAAUGUACAGUAAAUGUGCUAGGUAGGUUGAAUUGUUGAGUUAUGCAAGGCUUUCAGCUCUCUAUAAUGGUACAAUACUUAGGAAUGUUGUGUAACAGAUUUGUCCCCCCCCCCCCCGCCUUUUAAUAUGGACCCAUAGAUACUUUCUCUGUCACUGGUCCAUUUGCAUCCAUGCACUUUAACCUUCCCUUGCAGUAUUGCAGUGAUUAAUUCACCUCUUCAGUAAAGAGAGGUAGUGAGAGUUUUUGUCUCUUUUUUUCAAACUUUUUGAAAAGUGUGCCGUUUUUCAGCGGUUCAAAUUUGAAACUGGGAAUUCUGUUUUAGCCUUUGCUUGUUUUUGGCCUAAUAAAAAGAUUCCAGUCCAUACCCAAUUGAUGUUCUAGUUCUGGAAAAUAAAAUAAACAACAAAGUCUUGUUGCUGCAUAAGUUAGUUGUGUGUGAGCAAUAAGAUGAUUUUACAUCUGCCUUCCUGCGCUGCUGGUGAAGCUCAGAAGGUGUCGGUCAUAAUGAACACCACAACCUCCUCUUGUUCUUGUCAGUCAGACCUGACAGAAAGCUGUAAAAAUGUCCUGAGCUGCCCUGUUCUCUGGUUUAUAAUUUAAUAUUCAAUUAUAGAAACAAAAAAAAAAAAAAUUGUAGAUUUUUUUUAAGGGUAAAAAAAACAUUUUAUGAGCAGCAGUGCAAAUUUCAAAGUGAUGUUAAAAAUAUGGGGCCCUGAAUGGUGUAACAGCAGGACGGUGUCUGUUUAUCUGGGGUUUCAGUCAGUUGUUAUUUUUCCCAUUCUGUCUGCUUGUUUUCUAAUUGCUGUCAAUAAUAGCACCUAAUGCCACACAUUUUAAUAUCUUGAUUUCAAACAGACAGGAAAAUAUAUUUGUUUACCAGCAUUUUGUUAGUACAAUAUCUAGACGCAGGACAAGGACGUUGAAAUGUUUCUUUUCACCUGAAGUUCUAUUGAAACUUUAGGGUAAAUUUUUCAUGUAAUAGCCAAAUAAAUGUGACUGGACUGCUGACUGGCUGUUGUUUGGCGUCUUAAGACAUCAUGCUACUGCUUUUCUAGUUCAAACGAUUGUGGAAAGGCUUAACAGAAACAAAAGUGAUAUGAAACUAUUAAAAGGCUCCCAAAGAGCAGCACUUUUAAUUUUGUCGAACAGCAUGUUUUAAGUGUGUGUGUUUGACGUGUGUGAAUGCAUGCCUGUCAGCAGAUAGGCAGUGGUGUGUAUUUGAUUUAGGAUCUUGUGAAUAAAAAAAAAUAAACUGAGUCC